AGCAGAAUUUCAUUGGGUUUCUGUCAGUUUCUGUCUUGACCAGAUCACCACAGUCCUCCAUCGGCCUGACUUUUAUUAAUCAUUCUGUUUUAUUGUGAGGAUAAAGUACAAUACGAGCAGCCAUGUCUCAUGUAUGGGGAUACGGUGCAACUAAUGGACCUGACAAAUGGGGAAAAGAUUUUCCUGUGGCCAACGGGCCCAGACAGUCUCCUAUCAACAUUGUACCCAAGGAGGCCCAAUAUGACUCCUCUUUGAGGGCUCUGAAACUCAACUAUGACCCCUUGAACGCCAAGGGUAUUCUCAACAACGGACACUCCUUCCAGGUGGAUUUUGUGGAUGACUUAGACAGCUCAACCUUGACUGGAGGCCCCAUUUCUGGAACGUACCGUCUGAGACAGUUUCAUUUUCACUGGGGAGCCAGUGAUGACAGAGGCUCUGAGCACACUGUCAAUGGCAUCAACUUUCCCUGUGAGCUUCAUCUGGUGCACUGGAACACAAAGUACCCAAGCUUUGGAGAGGCAGCCAGCCAGCCUGAUGGACUUGCUGUAGUAGGGGUCUUUCUCAAGAUUGGAGCUGCCAACCCCAGACUUCAGAAAGUUUUGGAUGCUUUGGAUGCCAUUAAGACAAAGGGAAAGCAGACUACGUUUGCUAACUUUGACGCAAAGACUCUUCUACCAGUUUCUCUGGAUUAUUGGACCUACGAUGGCUCUCUGACCACACCCCCCCUGUUGGAGAGUGUCACCUGGAACGUCCUCAGGGAGCCAAUCAGUGUCAGCUCUGCACAAAGGACAGAGAGAGUAGGCUGUGAAGGAGGGCAGACUGAGAGUGGGGGAAGACAUGCAACACAGGGCCGCAGGUCGGACUCGAACCCGGCCCGCUAUGGGUGAGGCCUAGCAUCAAUGGGGCGGCAGCUCUACCAGAUGGCCAAGUUCCGCAGCCUUCUCUUCACUGGGGAAGGUGAAGCUCCAUGCUGCAUGGAGGACAAUUACAGACCCACUCAGCCUCUGAAGGGGCGUCGGGUCCGCGCUUCCUUCAAAUAAACCCUGCUUCAUCAACACAGUUCCCUUGCCCCUUUGCUUAUUGGUCAAUCCUUUCCUUAACCUUCUUACUCCCAUUUUAUUGUUUUCCACAUGCAGUCUUUAUUCAACUCUUAGUAGUCUUUCAAUAUCAACUUGAAAAGUAGAGGAACAAUCUACCUACAUAUACAUAGACAACAUAGAUUACAUAGAUGUAAAUAAUGUAUAUAAAAUUAAAUUAAAUGUGAUUCUUAAUCUUUGACAAUAUAGAGAACACACAAAAUGUCCAACAUAUAAAAAUUACAUUUACAUUUUCCAGUCUAACAUGGGUAGCAAGGGACUACCAACAAUGGGACAGGAAUUCUGACCCUUGAUCUCCUCCUGUUGUCAUGUUGUAAAUCUUAUAUUUUCUGGCCAGGCUCUAAGUAACAAUCUAUAGUGCCCAUGUAUGUGCGGCAAGACACUCUUAGCCCCAAUCCCAUUUCACCCAUUUCACAUUUAAAAAUUACGAUAAUGAUUGUAAUAUCUUAGUUUUAUGUCAUUUCAAUGUAUUAUGGUCACUUUUUUCACAACAACCUUAAAAAAAUUAUUGCGAUCGCGCUAGCGUUACCAUACUAGCGUUAGCAUAGUGAUCUUUUUUUGCAUGAUAAUCCCGUAUUUUUGCAUCGACUACUGAUGACAUGUCAGGUUUUCUGGACGACUACUGAUGAUGUAACGGCUUCUUGAAGGGCUGUCCCAAUUCGUAGGGGAAGAUUUCAACCACUACCCCUUGUGACUCCGUUUCAAGGGGCAAGAUAACCCUCGAAAACAAGGGGUAGGGGUAGGGAGAAGGGGUGAAAUGGGAUUGGGCCUCAAUCAAAAAGGCAAUAUAUAUAUCUAAAAUAUUAUUUUGAAUGUUCUAAACAUGCAGGGAUAUUUAUCAAAUAAUAAUAAUAAUAAUAAUAAUGAUAACAACAAAUUCCCCUUCACCUUAAAACAUAAAUAAUAUGCUUUGCUUUGUUUGAAACUAAAAGCUUCAAUGAGUUUCCUGAAGCUCUUUCCGCUCUUUCUGCUCUUUCAGUUGCUGAGAUUGUUCAAGCAAAUGUUUUUAUUGAUGGUUCAUUUUGACAGUUUGAGACAAAUUGAUAACACCCGCAAUGGCAGAAUUAAAGAAAAGAUAUUAUUCAGGGGGGCACUGCCAAUCAACUGAUACUUAUGCAAGUGUUUUAAAACUCAUAUACAACAGACCUGUAAUGGUGGAAAGAUAAAAAUUAUUAAUUUAUUACUUAAUUUGUUUACACAAGCUAAAGUAUCAGCAUAUGUCAUUAAAAUGUUAUACAUUGUCAACAAUAUCUAUAGUCACUACUCCAUCUAACUGAGCUGGAAUCAACAGUAUGUAUUCAUUACAGGUGAGCGCAAUUAUACUUUUUUAGCAUUAUAUCAAUAUUAUUUCAAAUGUUGUGAAAAAAAAUCUGAUUUUAAUUAGGCUAACUUAAAACUGCUAUAGUAAGUCACUUGACAGCUGUCACAAUACGAAUGGAAAAUUAUUUUGUGUUAAUCUGUCAUGGUAUUAAUGGUGAAGAAUGUAUCAAUUAAAACUCUUUAAAUUUA